UCAUCUUUUUAAAUUGUCAAUGUAGCUAUAAAAGAGAUGAAGCCUCUGUUAUCUUGUUCAUGUCCUGUGCUAGCUAUUGCUUGCAUUUUAUAAUAGAUACGGACAUAAUCCACUCUUUCCCUCGCUUCUUCUUCCGCCCUGCUGCCUGUGCGUGUGCGCUUCUGAAGCAAUGUCAACCACUGCGUUUAUCUCCACCAUAGCCAGAAGGCUACAAGGAAAGGUAGCCUUAAUCACCGGCGGUGCUAGUGGUAUUGGUGAAUGCACCGCAAAAGUCUUCUCUCACCAUGGAGCUAAAGUAGUAAUUGCUGAUAUCCAAGACGAAUUAGGCCAUUCAGUUGUCGAGGCCCUAGGCCCUUCAAACUCCACCUACGUGCGUUGCGAUGUCACCGAAGAGGCCCAGAUAAAAAAUGCUGUGGACAAAGCUAUCUCAACCUAUGGCAAGCUAGAUAUAAUGCUCAACAAUGCUGGCAUUGCUGAUGACAGUAAAGCACGCAUAAUCGACAACGAAAUGGCUGAUUUUGAACGUGUUCUUAAGAUUAACGUGACCGGAGUUUUCCUCGGCAUCAAGCACGCAGCCCGCGUCAUGAUCCCAGCACGCAGUGGCACCAUAAUUUCAACUGCUAGUGUAAGCUCACUACUUGGUGCGGCAGCUUCACAUGCAUACUGUUGCUCAAAACAUGCUGUGUUAGGACUGACAAGAAAUGCUGCAGCUGAGCUUGGACAGUUUGGCAUUAGGGUGAAUUGCUUAUCUCCUUACGCACUCGCAACUCCUUUAGCAAGGAAAUUUAUUGGGGUUGAUGAUGAUGAGGCGCUUGAAAUUGCGAUGAAUUCAUUUGCUAAUCUAAAGGGAGUGACCCUUAAGACGGAAGAUGUUGCCAAUGCAGCUCUUUAUCUAGCCAGUGAUGAGGCUAGGUAUAUUAGUGGGCAUAAUUUAUUUAUAGAUGGAGGGUUCAGCGUUCAAAACCCGACAUUCCAGAUGUUUCAGUAUCCAGAUUCUUGAUUGUAUCCCUAAGAGGUUGAAUUACUUCUUCACACUCGAGAGAAACAAGUUGCAACUUUGUGAACCUAAUCAAGCAUAUCCAUUGCUAUUGAUCAUAUAUAUUUCGGUCAAAAGAGGAAAGAAAUGUUGAGAAUUAAAUGUGUAAUCCUUAUAGCCAUCAAGAAGUUUUAAAAGAAAAACCUCUCUUGACUUCUACAAUUUAUUUGGAGAGAGAUCAAA